UCUUAUUUUCAUGAUCCCACCGAGGCGCAACCCCUAGACGACGGUUCCCCGGAACACCCUCAUUUGCGAGUAUAUCAAGGUUUCGUCUGCAGAAAAUGCAACACCCGCACCACCAACUUCUCACUCCUGCGCCGUCACAUUUCUAGCACACAUCUCUAUGACAAGAGAAGCACCCGGCGCGAACUGGAUGAACUUUACGACGAUGUAUGGCUGCAGACUUGGACUGCCGGCUCGAAUCGAACCCGGAAGUAUUGGAUCAUCAAAUAUGAAGGAAGCUUGCUUCGUGUCAAUGACGACAUCCAAGCCCAUCUCCAGUCCGUCAAGGACCGUGAACGAGGCCAAAACGAUGACACGACCAACCAGGGCAUCAUUCAAGAAAACGCAACAACAUCCUUAACAUUCGCGGAGCAGCGGCCUUGGAUAGAAAGGACGGGAUGGGACGAAACAUACAAAGGCACAAGUCGUGACGUCCUCUCAGCUCUGACAGAUUUGCCC